CCCAACCCCAUAUUCUCGCUCGGGCAGAUCAAUUAUCCUUUUCCCUCCAACCUCUCUCUUUUCCAUAUCGCCCUUUUCCCCCCUACAAGCUACAGCUUGCCUUUCACAAUGGCUGCUUCCGCCCCUAAUCUCUACAGCUUUGCGAAUACCGAUGCUUUGGCCCAGCAACUGAGGCCUUACGUCCUCCGGAUCCAGAACUCCGCCUUGAGUCGUCACAGCACUUUCCGUGUCGCUGUCUCUGGUGGUUCCUUGCCGAAGGUGCUGGCGCAGGCUCUCCUCACGCCUGGAAAUGGGUCCGAAGAAGACACUGCUCAGUUCUCCAAGUGGCACAUCUUCUUUGCCGAUGAGCGCGCCGUACCCCUCGACCACGAGGACAGCAACUACCGUUUGUUGAAGGACGAACUGCUCGAUAAGAUUCCAACGGAACUUGGGGCUCCCACCGUGCAUACGAUCGACCCCGCUCAUGUCAAUGAUGAGGAUCCCCAGGAGCUGGCCGACCUGUAUCAGGAGGACCUCAUGCGCUCCUUUGCGGCCAAAGACAGUGUGAAGUUGCCUGUCUUCGAUCUCAUCCUCUUGGGGUGCGGGCCUGAUGGUCACACCUGCAGUCUUUUCCCUGGCCACGAGCUUCUCAGAGAGAAGGAUGCUUGGACGGCAGCCAUCAGCGACUCACCUAAGCCGCCCCCGAAGCGCAUCACCCUUACUCUUCCGGUGGUCACGCACGCUCUCAACAUCGCAUUUAUCGCGACUGGAGGUGGAAAGAAGGAUAUCAUGAAGCAAAUUUUUGAUGCCGAGGAAGGAAGAGACUUGCCGUCCUCAUUGGUCAACCAGGGUGCCGGUGAGAAAGUCAGCUGGUUCACUGACCAUGCGGCCAUUGAGGGCGUCGCCUUCCCCAGACGUGGCAGUUUGUAGUCGAUGGGCGCACAUGACCCAAAUUGUUUUCAUUCGAUCAGACCUACGUGCACAGGUAAUGUGAGGGAUACGAGGGAUACGAUAGCUAUCGGUGAUUGCGCUUUUGCAACAGGUGUGGGAAACUUCUGCAGUUUCGUGUUGGAAAUGACUGAGGGAAGUGGAUGGGGCUGGGAGUUUGAUAAGCGUUGUCGCUAGGACUGGAUGACUUGUUCCGCCUUUUGUAUCUGCGAGUUUCCCUUCUAGACUUCAGGAAAAGUUUGUGUUGUUAUCCUGUGGAUAUCACAGACCGCUUCUCAAUGAAUGGACGAAUGCUACAAUCACGUGAAUAGGCCCCAGUAUUUGGCAGACGAAAUCUGAAGCUCUGUAUGGUCACUACAG